UCCCGCAGCCAUCUGGCCGAGCCGGGGGGGGCGGCGGCGGCGGGAGGAAGGGGGAAGAAAGGGAGGAACACGGGAGAAGAAAGGGAGGAAAAAAAAAAUAAAUAAAUAAUUAAAAAAAAAAUUAAGGGCUCGGGGGGCACCGCGCCGGCGAGGCAGCGCAGCGCAGGCACCCGCCUCCUCGGAGCCGCGGGGGUUUUUCUUUUUUUUUUUCUUUUUUUUUUUUUUUUUAAAAAAAAAUCUUCGCUAUUUUAUUUUUUUUAUUUUUUUUUUAAUUUUUUUUUUCACCCCCCUCCCCGCGGCCGGGCUUUCCCCCAUUUUGGUUUAUGGAGAAAAAGAAAAUGGUAACUCAGGGUAACCAGGAGCCAGCAGCAACUCCUGAUGCAAUGGUGCAGCCAUUCACCACAAUCCCAUUUCCGCCACCCCCACAGAACGGGAUUCCCACAGAGUACGGGGUGCCACACACUCAGGACUAUGCAGGCCAGACCAGCGAGCACAAUCUGACGCUCUACGGAAGCACGCAGCCGCAUGGAGAGCAGAGCACGACCACGGCCAGCACGCAGAACGGAUCUCUCGCACAGACAGAAGGAGGGGCACAGACAGAUGGACAGCAAUCACAGACACAGAGCAGUGAGAACACCGAGAGCAAAUCCACUCCAAAACGGCUUCAUGUGUCCAACAUUCCCUUCCGCUUUCGAGAUCCGGACCUUCGACAGAUGUUUGGGCAAUUCGGCAAAAUCCUUGAUGUAGAGAUAAUCUUUAAUGAGCGCGGCUCCAAGGGAUUCGGGUUCGUAACUUUCGAGAAUAGUGCUGAUGCAGACAGGGCCAGGGAGAAAUUACACGGCACCGUGGUAGAGGGCCGUAAAAUCGAGGUUAACAAUGCCACAGCGCGAGUGAUGACCAACAAGAAGAUGGUCACACCAUACGCAAAUGGUUGGAAGUUGAGUCCUGUGGUUGGAGCGGUGUACGGCCCUGAGUUAUAUGCAGCGUCCAGCUUUCAAGCAGAUGUCUCGCUGGGCAAUGACGCCGCAGUGCCCCUGUCAGGAAGGGGGGGUAUUAACACUUACAUUCCUUUAAUCAUUCCAGGCUUCCCCUAUCCAACUGCAGCCACCACAGCAGCCGCGUUUCGGGGAGCCCACCUGAGGGGCCGAGGAAGGACGGUUUAUGGGGCAGUCCGGGCAGUACCUCCCACAGCCAUCCCUGCCUACCCAGGUGUGGUUUACCAGGACGGAUUUUACGGUGCUGACCUCUAUGGUGGAUACGCAGCCUACAGAUAUGCACAGCCUGCUACUGCAACAGCAGCCACGGCCGCUGCAGCCGCUGCAGCAGCUUACAGCGAUGGUUAUGGCAGGGUGUACACAGCAGAUCCUUACCAUGCCCUUGCCCCUGCCGCUAGCUACGGAGUUGGCGCUGUGGCGAGUUUAUACCGAGGUGGCUACAGCCGAUUUGCCCCCUACUGAAGUGACGUGAGCCCCCUGCAAGUGGGACAGCCCCCCCAGUUCAUGAGGCCUGGCUAUUGCAAUAUUUACUAGUAGAGGAACUCUAUAGCAAGAUGAGGAGGAAAAACAAAAAACAAAAGAGAAAAUACUUUUUUAUACCUCACUAUGUUCUUUGAAUAUGUAUUUUUUUUCCUUUAAAUUUCUGCCUUUAAUUCUUUUGUUCCAAAGAUUGUGCUUUUUUGGUUGUUUUAUUUUUUGUUUGUUUUCUUUUUUUUUUUUUUUAACUGUGGUAAAAAUAAUGCAUUUCCGUGUCUGUAUGUUGGUGCAUAGCUUAUCCUACCAAUCACGGAAAAGGCGAUUAGCAUUAAGGAAAGCUGUUAGAAACCGAAUAUCAUGCAAUUAAUCAGGAACACACAGACAGAGUUACUUCCCUGGGUCUGGUGCUUGGUGCCUGGGAGACAGGAGGACGUGAGGGAGAAGUCUCCACCUGCUGUGUUUCUGGUCUGCAGAAGGAAGCACUCUCUGGCUGUGGCUGGGACCUAAAUGCUGGUGGGAAAUAGUCAUUUACGUGUGGAAAAGGGGGAAAUGCAGAGACUUUCCUCGUUUUUUAUCACCAUCUGACGCGCACAGGUUUGGGACAGUUUCAGCAGUGUCAGGACUUUAGACUUGGCAAGAGAAGAUUUCCUCAACCUGCCCAAAGACUUUGGCUGUUACCCGCUGUAUAGGGGACAAGACUUUGAAAGGAGUUUUUGAGGAGGAUGAUCUUCCCCCUACACACAACUUAUUCUAGCUGAUUGUUGUCCAUUGCUGGUGGCUGUAAUUACCUUAGUUUCACAUCCUCCUUUUCAAGAUCUUUCUCCCUUGCUGUCCCUUUCCUCCCUCUCUUCCUCGAGGAGUGGCAGAUGCAAUGCACCAUCACACAGAGUACCUCUGUUGCGGACAGCAAGCGGUUACAAUUGCGGCGGCGAAGCCUUGAUGACGAAGAAAGCUGUGGCUGAAGACUCAACCAUCAGAGCCGUGCUCGGGCACGCCGAGGUCCAGCCUGCAAGGUCUCUCUCCUCCUGCUCAUCCUGAGCUGCUUAGGCACUACUGCAAGUAAUCUGUUCCAAAUAACACGAGUGAGACAAACGAGUCAUGUAUAAGCUGCUGAGGUGAGGGUCACGCAUGUGGGUUCUUGGGGGGGAAGAGUGUUCUUUAUAUCCAAACGUGAUCCUGAAGUAGUUUUGUUUAGGUCAGGAGUUUGAGGGGAGGCAGAAGGAGCUUGUACAAGCUCUGAAUUCAUAGGAACUUCCCACCACAAGCUGUAUCUAAGGCCCUUACAGAGCCACGUUGGAGACCUGGGGCCGUUUUGCCCAGCCUGCCAUAGAAAGCUAACGCACCUGGGCUGCUGGGGCCGUAUUGACACUACAUAUGAUAAGAUUUGGAAGUGGGGCGACUGUUCAGGGGAGGACUCCACGACUCCCAAGACCGUCCCCCUUCUGCUCUCACCAGCAGCGAUCUGGCUGGGUUACAGAGCUGGCUUUUUUAGCUGACUGCAGGAGCAGUGCUGUGGCAGGGAGCUGCUGCUCUCCAGCCCUCCCCGCUCAGCCGCUGGCCCCGAGUGCUCCCAGCAACCCCGAUGCUCAGAGGCAGGUGCUCUUGUGCUAUCUCUAACCCUGCGUUAGCCUAACAAAACCGCACUUCUCUGCCUCGACUCUCUCAAUUGGUACUGGGGUGAGCUUUUCACCCCCAGAAGGGCUGCUUGGAGCAUGGGUUCGUUGGUGGAGCCUCUCCCAACUCCUGCCGUACACCUUCUCCACCCACUGCUGAUAGCAGAAUAGGAAACCUCCUGCAUUUAACACUAAGCGGUGUCGGCAAGCAGAGCUCCCCGAGGAGGUGUCCUGGCCCAGCCAUGCACAACCACGCAUUUUUUGCUCUUCCCCAGCGAAACACGUAGCCUCUCUGGGCGCAGCAGAGAGGAGGCACCUAAAUGAGAAGGAUGGGGAAGCCAUGAGUUAAGCUAGAGACCCUAAAGCUAUUGAUUCUCUGGAGGAAUAGCUAGAAAAAGGGGACACCAAACUGCCAGCCUGUUGGCCACCUUUUGUUGUUGUUGUUUUUUUUUUUUUCUGGUUUUGUUGUUGGUUUUUAUUUUUUUUUCCAAGCCAAAGUUUGGUUUGUUGCUGUUAUGACAAUUUUUUUGUUGUUUGUAUAUAAAUAUUUUAGUUAGAUUGAAAACAGGGAGGGGGGAACAGGGUGUUGGGGCUUUCACAAAAUCUAGGAAAUGAGGGGAAAUCGGGGCACGCGGGGGCUUUUGCUGAGCUGAGGGAGGGGAGGGAGGAUCUGUGGUAGAAACGGUCACGCUCGCCCUCUCUGCCCCCGUCCUGCGGUUCAGUUCAGCUGGUUCUGACUGCGGCUCCCCAAAAAGCUGGGCUCGCCCUCCCCGCGUGCCCUCCCUUGCCCUGGCGGUGCAAUCGUCCCCCUCCCCAGCUCUGCCUCUCUCGGGCGCAGGGCGGCCGGCCCCCUCCCUGCCUCCCAGCCGAGUCUAUGCACGGCAGCUUCAGCCCACCCGCGGCUACUGAGAGUCGGAGGGCUUGCGUGCGGAAGCGCCCACCCUUUGGGGGGCCGCAGUCAGUCAGUCCUCUGCUGUAGGAUCUCCGAGUGAUAGCUGCUCCACACCAUCCAGCCUGGGGCCUCCCAGAGCCCGGCCAGCUCCCGUCGUGCCCCGCAGUUCAUGCCACCACGUCCCCGGCCACCCGCUCGUGGUGCCGAAGCCGGGCUGCUUGCACGGCCGGGCGCUGGAGGCGGCUCGCUCUGCGGAGCGCGGUGCCUCCCAAAAGCUUGCCCGCCAGCUGAGGCUUUGCAGCGAGGUUUCCGGAGGAGAUGCUGUGCCACGGCGGCAGCGCCGCGCUUUCUUCUUGGCAAACAGCAGCUCUGGGUUCACUCAGACGCGUAGCGAACUGGCUUGAGAUGGGUUCAGAGCAGCCGAGCCUUGGUUAUAUACCUGUCUUCUGGAGAAGCGAGGACAAAGCCUAUAUCUCCCUAUGCAAAAUGAUUGACUCUUCACGAGUUAACCUGGGCCCAGACAGCAGCUAGUGCUUGUCCCGGAGAUGGAUCUGCAGGCGCGAGUCCCCAGGGCUUGGCUUUCAAAGGGAAAAACUGCACAGGCGGGCUGUUAAAUAGCUUGCUGCUUGUGACCUUGUCUGGUGGCACCGGGAUUCCUCUCGAUGUGGAGGAAAAGAUGUUCCUCUAAGUGUUGCUGUCUGUACUGUCUUGCAGUAGGUCUGGCCAGCACACCGUAUUAUACCGGUAUAAUUUUGGAUUGAAGUGCUAAUUUUUUAUUUUUCUUUUUAAUAUGCUGGUCCGUCUUUCCUUGUGGAUAUAGUUGUGCUGGUACAAAGGUGAACUCUACUGUCCUCUGCUAGGAACGCGUUACAGCAGCGCCCAGCGCCCCUGCACCCCGUUGCGACCGUCCCCGCGCUGGGCAGGCUGCCCCAUGGGGUCCGGGACCUGGGGACACCAGGAGAGCUGGGAGCCCAGGCCGAGCCUCCUGCAGCCCUCUGCUCCCAGGCAAAGCAGUUGUGCAGAUCCCGUGAGGUGAGCGCGGGUAGACAAAGCCACGUUUUCAAGCAGCCACCGCUCAGCUGCUGAAAUGCCUGAGAGCUGCAGGCUUUGCCCGGCGAGGGCUUGCUCAGGAGCUGGAGAGCUGUGGGUUGCUCAGGGCUCUGUCGGUGAUCCUCAAGGAUGAUGUGGGAGCAGUCGGGUCACUCCUUGAGGCUUGUUUCCCCAUCCCUAAAGCGAGAGGCAGUCGUUUGUCUCCUGCCCUUGCCUCUUCUGAGAUCUGUGGGUGGGAAGUGCACGGCGAGAGCUGAGGAGGGUUGUCUGGCAUAGGGGAGCGCAAAGCAGAGCCUCCCAGCCCCUGCCCCGUUCGUCCCCAGCCCGUCCCCAUCCACAUCAUCCUGACCCAGCCCUGAAGGAGUAGAGCAGAGGAGAUCACGUCUGGGGGAGCACUUAGAAAUGGGAUAAAGGGAAAACCGAGGGCGAGCUGGGUGAGCUCUGGGUCUGGCUCCAAAGGGGAAGGAAGCCCGCAGGCAGCUGCCGGCCUGGCAGGGUUGGGGGAUGCUGUCCUCGGUGCAGAGGGGUGAUGUGUGAAGUGUGUUACCUGUUUGCACUGUUUUGAUAUAGGAGGGGGGGGGAAAAACAAGCAGCAACCCAACCUAGUGAACGCGACGAACAUCCAAUGUAGACUUCUUUGUGUUUUUAUUUUGUCAUGCUCUUGGAAAAUGUCAAACAUUUUGUAGUAUACACCAGUGAGACUUGAUUCUUUGUUGCAUAAAACACUAUUUUUGGUGAUGUUAAUGUCUGAAAAGCCUCUUCCCUCCACCCCACCUUACUGGUUGCCCUCUCCACCCUCCAACCCCAGUAAAACUUCUCUUCUGCAAGGAAAACUCCAGUCACCGAGGCAAGCAGGAGUCUGAUGGCCAGAGUGCGAAAUGGGGCCCUUUCCAAGCAGGCUCUGGGGUUUCUCCCUGGUACGCGUUCCUCUAGCCAGGAGUUUGCAGGACAGCCCCCGUCCCUCUGCAGCACACGCAUCAGCGGCAGACUCAACGGGACCGGGGACACCCAACUCCCGUCUCCGUUGCUGCUGCUGACCCUGGAAGGCAAUUCUUUGUGGUGUCAGAAAGCUCUGGCAGCGAUGGUCCUCUGGGCGCUGGGCUGAGCGCUUGCAGGGACCGGCAGCGCAGACCCGCGUCCCCCGCCGCCUCUUGGCGCCUGGUGGAACACGGGCCCGCCAGCCAAGAGCCUCGCCUGAUUACUCCAGGAGAUUGCUGGUGUCUGAAGCCGUCCACCCCAAUAGUGAUUUGGCUGGUAGUCAGCAAAAUGCCAGUUAAUCUUGAUUUUUUUUUUUUUAAUUUUAAUUUUUUUCCUUCCCUGAAGUGGGUCAAUAAUAAGUCUCUUGCCAGGUUGCCAGCUCUCCGCUGGUGGAGGGGCUUGUUGUUUCCCCGAGGAGCGAAUUGCUUACAGAAGUCAGAAAUCAGGCCUCCCACAGGAGCAGUCUCGGUUUGGUCAUGUUUUUCUAUUUUUCUGUUCACAGUAUUUUGUGUGUGCGCGCAUGUUGUAGUUUUGGCAGCUUGGUUCGGCUGCGUUAUCAAGUGACGAAAUAAUCCUCUCUUACCCCAGGGGAUAUGAUUUGUUUUGGUUUCUUUUGUUUUUUUUUUUUUUUUUCCUUUUUUUUUUUUUUUUUUAGUAUGAUAAAUCCUGCUUGUAAAUAGCUGGAGCUAAAACCUGGGGCUGACAGCGAACGAGAACCAGGGCUGUAGAGCGACGUGGAGCUGGCGGAGCAUUUUACUGACCUCACAGGCUGAUCUACUUGAGACUUGGAGAUUUUCCGUGCGAGGCUGAGAUGCCGCAGCACCUCCAAAGGCAGCGACAGACUUGCCCCUUCACGCGGUCUCCCCAGCACCUCCCAUUGCCAGGUACCGCCCGGGAGCAGGACGUGUCCCCCCGCGGGACGCGUUUCCUUCCCCUGGAUCAUUUCCUAGGACGCCCGAGCCGCUUGCCCAGGGUCCCAUUUCCCUGCCGACUCUGGAGAAGCAGUAUCUGCAUCCCAGGGCUUUGUGACAGCCUCUAACUUCCCGCCCUCCCUCGUUAAGUAUCAUAUUGUAUAGUAGCUUUCAGACCAUACAGUAUUCAUUGGGUUAUUCCUAUUAUUAUCAAGUAGCUGGAAUUGUGAAGGUCGGAGUAGUUAGAUCUUUAGCUUUUAUUCCUUUUUUUUGUAUUACUAUCCAUGUGUAUAAAUUAUUGAUCAUGUUGCUGGCUUUUAUAAACUCUAAGCAAGGGGGGAAACCCUUCCUAACCCUUUGCAAAUGGUAAUGAAGCACUGUUUUUAAAUAAAAGAGAGAAACACCA